AUGGGAUGGAAAGCCGUAGAGUCAGAAGAGUACGGGAGCUCGUCGCCCGCUGUGCAGGCGCAUUUCCAUGCUGUACGUGCCGAAAAAGCCUUGCGUCACGAUGAUUACAUUCAAGCAGAGAAGGAGGGUCAUUUGGCAAGCGAAAAGUUUUUGCAGGCGGCACAAUGUGUAUCAGACAAGCGUACAAUUGAUGCACUGAUGCUGUUGGCCGAAAACUACGAGUACAGGGCCAAAGUGGCGCGAGCUAGAAAUCCUUGCCCGGUGAAAACGGAAGAUACGGUCAAAGAACAUCAAACGGAGGAUGAAAAAGAACGAACAUUGGAACAACAGCAAGAAUUAGAUGUGGAGAUUUCCGACCCGCUAGAUGCACAGAGGACCGAGACACAGCUAAACGUUGCGGCUGCGGAGAUAGAGGAGCUUUGGAGGCGAUUGAAUGAGAUUGGACUGACGAGUCCCGAUUCGACAGACAAGAACGUGCUGAUGUCGUCGCGGCAUUUAUCGUCGUCGUUGGGUGAUUCAUUUUGUCUGCUGCCGGCAAAGGGGAGAAAAACGAUUGGAGUGGUGGCGACUGCCGUGGAUGGGGGUUCGACGCUCAGGGCAGCGGUGGCGUCUAGGAUGAGGAAUCAACGACAACGGCUUAUAGAGCAGCAGCUUGGCAGUAAAGCACCUGUCGAUGCGCGAAGUCUCAGUAAUACUCUAAAAGAUGGAAACAAUUAUACAUCCCAGCGGGGUCAAGACGGCCAGACAUCGUUAGGAAGCGGUGAAAGGCUAGGCGAAGCUCAAAGAGACUAUGAAAGCUUACUGGAGACUGUGUCGAACCAAAAAUUGGAGAUCGUUCGGCUUUUAAACUCGGUAAAGGCUCUAAGUAGCGAGAAUACUAAGCUCGUGAAAGAGUGUGAGGCGAUGACAAAUGUACAAGCUGAGAAUCUCAAGAUUCGUGAACUUAUGGAAAUUUUCAAAAAAGAUUACAAUCAGAAGCUCGUAAUGAUCAAAAGGGCUCUUGAAGAGUGGCGGCGACAGCAAAAUGUUGUCGCUCAAGCACAGCAGACCAACAACACGGCAAUUGGUGGUAAUUUGGAAAGCAGAAUAAAGAUGCAAGAGGAAACGAUUGCCAGACUGACGGAAGAAGCGAAAAUUAAGGAUGAUCGCAUUGCUAAAUAUGAUAAGUGGUACAAAACAUUAAAAGCUGGCGCGAAGGCGAAGCAGCUCAAUCGAAGUCGUGAUAGUGGAAACGAUACCAGCAGUUUCAGCAGCUCAAGCGCUUUUGUGCAGUAUGGUGAUGGCACUCUCGUCGGUUCCAGUAGCUCUUUUACGAACAGCAGCAGCUUUCACAACGACUGUUCAGAAGACUCGGCCGACAGCACAUCAAGCACGUCACGUCAAUACAGUCGCCCUCCUGCGCACCCCAAUCGACGAGCUUUGUGA